AUGAUUAAGCAGUUUGAUAAUGAUGAGUAUGCAGAUUCAGACUAUUCAGAAUACUCAGAUAAUUUCACAGAUGAUCAAUUCACAGCUUUCUUUAAUACUAGUGCAGCCCAAACAAUAGCAAACCUCCUUGUCUUACCCAAACACUUUUGGACCAAACAGGAAACCAUCUUCAAAACCGCUGAUGUAAAUGUAUUUUCUACAGACUUUGUUAGCAACCCUAUUACCCUUCAAAUCUUUCCAAGAUGUCAAAUAACUCAAAAGAUUUUAGGAUUUCCACUUCUCCAGAAAGACCUUGUUAUUGGUUUUGAUAUCAUUACUAGUAUACCAAGUUUAAAGCUUAGUGGAAAAGAUGAUAAGUUCUUUUUUCCAGACAGAAAAACUUUGUUUACAAAUUUGGCAAAUGCAAAAUGGACAAUAAUUCUUUUUGGAUUAAAAGUUGUUCUUUCACUGUUCCAAAAAGCCAUGACCAAGAUAUUUGCUCCAAUUCUUGAUAAUACCUUGAUUUACAUUGAUGACAUCUUACUGUUCUCUCUUGAUGACACCUCUCAUGCACAGUUAUUGAAUAAGUUCCAGAGCAUUAUUCAAAAGUAUGAGAUAAUGCUUUCAAAGAAAAAGAUGAUCAUUCGUGCUACAGAAAUUGAUUUUCUAGGCAUGCAUCUUAAAGAUGGUCAGUACAUUGCUCAACCUCAUAUUGCUCAGUCACUUGCAGAUUUCUCUGAUGAAAAUCUUUCAAAGAAGCAAAUCCAGUAA